ACAAGAGAUUAUUGAGCGCCAACAUUCUACUCUGUGUUGGUGAAAGUUGGACGAAUUAUCUCUGUGGAGCUGUUUGUCAGUUUGGGGCAGAGUUAUAUUCCAACUUUCCCCAAAUUUUACUAAAAUCAAAUAUAAAGGGAUGAGUCAAGCGAACCAAAGGCCUACACUAAGGGCGAGGAAGAAAACUGGUACUGGUGUGGAAGUUAAAGAUAGGAAACGCAAAUCACGCCCUUCUAUUACGGAAGAAGAUUGUAGAAGCACAAAGAGAAAAUCGCAUCCAAAAACAAACAAGGAAAUGACACUAGAAUCAAAUGAAGAAUUGGACUCGCCAUUUUGUAACACAUAUAACAACUUAGAAAAUAUUGAGAGUAGUAAAUUAACUGUAUUUACGCAGCCAGAAAAGCGCAGGCGUUCACUCCGACAGAAAGCAAUAAAAAACAAUAUAGACGAUGCAAAAGAACAGUUAAAAUGUCCACCAAUAUUAUCACGUCCACAGACACCAACUGAACUUAUAAAUGACAUAACUAGCUUUACAUUUUCUAAUUAUUUUACCCCCAUAUCUAAGGACUCGUCUCCACUACCUCAACUUUCAUGGGCAGAUGCAAAUGAAGUUUGGGAAAUCAUGUUGGAAAAAGACCGUAAAUAUAAGAGAGACUAUUUGUAUAUACGUAAACACCCAUCUUUGCAACCAAGAAUGAGGGCUGUUUUACUUGAUUGGCUAAUAGAAGUAUGUGAAGUUUACAGGUUGCAUAGAGAGACAUUUUACUUAGCUGUUGACUUUGUAGACAGAUAUUUAUCAAUUAAAAGAGAUAUUGCAAAAACUCGUCUGCAAUUAGUUGGAGUGACAGCAUUGUUUGUUGCUGCAAAAAUUGAAGAAAUUUAUCCACCAAAGUUGUCAGAAUUUUCGUAUGUAACAGAUGGAGCUUGCACCGAUAAGGAAAUUCUUCAACAAGAAAUGCUGUUACUACAGGCUUUGGAUUGGAAAUUAUCGCCUGUAACUCCUAUCUGUUGGCUCACAGUUUAUCUUCAAAUUGCAAAUAGAAAACUUUCAGGCGCCUACAAAGAGAAUGUUGAUGAAUACUUCGAACUGCCUCAAUUUUCUGGCAUACAUCUGUGCAGAGUAUCUGAGCUCAUAGAUGUUUGCUGUUUGGACACUGGUUACUUACAGUUUUCAUACAGUAUUAUUGCUGCAUCAGCACUUUAUCACAUGUGGGGUAAAGAUGUGACAACCAUUACUGGUCAUAAGUUUGAAGAAUUAUUUCCAUGUAUCCAAUGGCUGUCUCCAUAUGCAAAAGUCGUACAUAGUCAAACUGUGAAACCGAUCAAGCAAUUUGACAAGAUCCAAGCCGAGGACGCCCACAAUAUUCAAGUUCACAAUAAUGGCGUGCAAUUGCUGGAUUACGUUCACAGCCAAAUGAAUUCGAUUCUUCCAGUGAAUAAUAUUAAACGCACAAGUCCCAUAGUUCAAUGCAAAGGCCUUCUAACACCACCAAGAAGCACGGAAAAAGAAUUCAUGUAAGCGGCACUUUAUUUUGCGUGGGGCAGAAAAAAGCUUGCUAGCGGUCGAGUGUCGUUAAUGGUUUUAGCGCGUUCAAAACAAGACGUUCCUACUUUAAAGAAAUCAGAUUAAUUUAUUGCAAGGCAGGUUUGCCUUUUUGUAUAUGUUAACGUG